GUAUAUAAGGGAAGACACGACCACGCCAGACCACUUCGCUACUGCAGUUCGUAAAGAGCACCACAACCACCACCACCACCGCCAUGUCUCGUAUCACCUGCUACCUUGGGCUGCUGCUGGCCUGCUGCGCUCUUGUUCUCAGCAUCCCCCCUCCUGAAGCCUCCAUGCCAGCUGGGGCGGCCGGCUUCCUCCCCGCCAUGGCCCAAGCUAACCCUUUCAUGGCCAAGUUUAAGCCCGGUGCUCCUGGUGCUGCUGCUGCUGCCGCCCCUGCUCCUGCCGCCCCUGCUGGUGCUGCUGCUCCUCCUGCGCCUACCACUACUCUCCCUCCUGCCGUCAGCAACCUCAUUGCCAAGUACAAGGCUGCCGCUGCUGCAUUCUACCCAACUAUCCCCGUGGUUUAAUUCACUCCACCCUACCCGAGCCUGCCAGUAAUCAGGGAAACGACACCAGCCAGCCAGCCGCCCCAAGCCAGCCACCCGCAGACGCAGCCACGAUUCUUUCGCCCGUUACCUUCCCGCGUCUUCAGCACCUCCAGCUUGCUUGCCAUAAGAGGGCAGGUGGUCAGUGUUAUGAUAAACCAGUCACAAUGUCAGGUAUAUUUUUAAUCUCUGCAUUUAUAACCGUCUUGUCAUCUUAAAAGUGCUGUAUAGAUACCAAAGAUUACAUUUAUUUAUACAUGGUGAAGUUGAAAGAAGUGUAGUGAUUGUGGCUGUUCUAUUUCCACCAGUAUAUUGAUUUCGUUUUUUUUUUUUUUUUAAGAACUUAGUGUUUACGUUCAAGAAACCCACCCAGUGCAUGGAGCUUUAAAUUGUACCAUCAUCAUUAUCAUCAGCAUCAUCAUCAUCAUUGUAAUCGGUACUAUCCAAAUGGCUGCUGCUCUGCUUCCAACAACCCCUUAGAGCUAGGUCACCAAAUAAACCAUUGGAAUUAAGGUCA